AUGACUGUCGAAGAACCCCCUGUUAAGUCUGAACCUUCAGAAAAACCUGUCAAGACCAAGUUGAAACAGUAUCGACAGAAACUCAUGACCAUCAAAGCCAGGAUACGGUACCGUGAACAGGCUAUCAAAAACUUUAGAAAACAUCUCAAGAAUAGCACCUUUCCGCAACGAAUGAAAUCAAUUAAACCUUAUCCUAAGAUGAGUUCACCUGAAGCUCAGAAAAUUGUCAAUGCGGCUUGUGAUCAAGUCUAAUGUGUUUACUAUUUUGGACCAAAUGAUUCAGGAGGAACAAAAGAAACUCACUGAAGAUCAAGACAGUAAUCAAGCACUUCUGGUUCAACGACAAGGGGAUCGACAGCAGCUCAAGAAAACCCAAAAAGCUAAGAAAUCUACCAUGGCUCAAUUCCAGCAAGAAUUAACUGAAUUGCAGUCCAAAUAUGCCCAACUCUGUACUAAAUUAGAAACACCCAGCGAAUGA